CCUACCCUCUGGUUGGCAGGCGUCCAGCUCAGUUGAAAUGUCCACUGUGGUGCUCAUGGAGGUCCACCGUGCGUGGUGCUUUUGACGUCCGUCCAAACCCAUUCCCCUGAUAUGUUAUCGACCUUCACCUCGCACGUCUAGGUGCGAACGGAGACUCCUCCCCCUAGUCAUGCCGGCCGCGCCCGCCGCGGCGCACGCCCUCGGGCCCCCCCCGCGCCCCUCGGGGUGGGUGCUCCACUGGGCGAGGCAGUGGCGCGCGCUGCUCGCGCUGCUCUCCGCGACGGGGCUCAACUGCACCCGGGGGUGGCCCCCGCGGCCCUCGACGGGCCUCCGUUGCUACGGCGCUCUGACUCUGCUGCUCCGAACCUCCCAGAGCACGGUGGUCGUCGUCAGUAUGAUGAAGUUAAGUGGCGACGGCAUCAGCCGUUACGGCCUGUUACUGAGCAUCUACGAGAUUAUCACCAAGUGCGGUGCAACGGUCGUGACGCAGCUGGUGAUGCUGGGGCGCCACGACGCCGUGUGCCGCCUUACCGAGAGCAUGCUGCUCUACGGCCGGGUCGGGUCGCCCUCCACCGGCUGGGGUGCACUGGCCCUGCAGUUGGUCGGCCCGGCCUACGGAUUCAGCCUGCUGGCGAUGCUGUCAAUGACCUCCUUUAGCGUCGGCGCCGCCCUGGACGAGAGCCGGCACAUCCGGGGCUGGCUCUCGAAGGUGGCCGAGCAGUCGUUGGGAGCCGAGAGGUCCCCGGCCACGUCACACGUCGAGGUGCUCCGGGAACUGCGGGUGCGACAGCAUUUCCUGCACGACUUGGUCUUGCAGCAGAAUUCGACAUUCGGAUGGUGCUUCCUCUGCGGCCUCGUGCACGUACUCGUCGAGAGCGUCGUGUGCAUGUACCUUGUCGUUAAGUACUGUCGAAUGCGGAUACACCAAGUCGAGAUCAAGUCACGGCUGCUCAUGAACCCCAACUUUUUCCUGUGGGGCUUCCUCGAGAUCAUGAUGUUUUCCGGGAUGUGCGUCUUGGGCCAUCUGUUAAGCGACAUACACGAUCGCAUUUUUUGCGAUAUACAGGGCUUCAUUGUCUCAAACCCUCAAUUAUUGUGCCCUACAACAGAUACGGAGCUUCACGGCUUCGCUCAGCAAAUACAGAGGCAGGAUAACCGCCCUGGUAUGUUUGGGCUGCUGUAUUUUGACUUGACAACCAUGAAAGCG